CGGAGCUAUUUGGUUUUGUCGCUAUUGUCGCGACAAUUUUAGCAGAGUGACAAUUGUCAGCACAAUUGUCGACAAUAUUUCAUAAUAUCACUGUCGUUUUCUAAAAAUUUUCGCAGUUGCCUACAAGCGUAUAUGAAACAGAAAAAAUGUCGCCGACAAUUCUGGCAUUGAAAUUUUAUAGAAAAAUCGACAAUUGUCGCACCAGUCACUUUUAUGAUAUAGGCCCCUGAUUUACCGUAAAAUUGUCGCACAGAGUAAUCAGCAUUGAAAUAGCGGGGAAUACCUACUAAAUGCCUCACUCCCUCGUAAAACAAGCCGCUUUUCAAAAUGGUGUAAUGACUGUUAAAUAUCUGCGUCAAACGCGAAUACAGGUAAAGUAAAUGUACAUACUGCUCAUACACAUGGAUGUACAUAUGUGUGUACAUACGUAUUUGAAAGUCCUUGUUAUUUCUAUGAAAUUGUUGCGGCCAGAUACUAUUCAGAUUAUGCUGAUUAUAAAUUUAUUUUUCAUUCAUUAUGUAGAAUAUAAAGAUUUAAUCUAUGUCCUUCGCUUUGAUUAAAUUCAUUUUAUUUUUUAUUUUAUAUUUUGUCGCCUACCUUCACAGCUCAUCCAUUCCGCUCCAUUUGAUCUCAUUGGCGCGUAUUAUAAUUUUCAUGAUUGCAAUAUUGGUACAUGGACGUUUGGUUGAGUGGACGGCACGAUUGGAUUUCCUCUGGCAGCUGCAAGCAUCACAGGAGAAAAAGGAGAUGGACGUUUUACAGGAAUCAAAUAAACGGAUCUUACAUAAUUUGCUGCCAGCUCAUGUGGCUGCACAUUUUCUCGAUAACCAAUUUCGCAGCAAUAUGGUCAAUCCCUCACAGGAACUCUAUCAUCAAAGCUAUGCUAAAGUCGGUGUUAUUUUCGCUUCGGUACCGAACUUCCAUGAGUUCUACACAGAAAUGGAUGGAUCGGAUCAAGGAUUGGAGUGUCUGCGAUUGUUGAAUGAGAUAAUUGCGGAUUUCGAUGAGCUUUUGAAAGAAGAUCGUUUCCAUGGCAUUGAUAAAAUCAAAACUGUUGGCAGUACUUACAUGGCUGUCGUGGGCCUUAUACCUGAAUAUCGCAUCAACGCCAAUGAUCCCAAUUCGGUGCGUCGCCACAUGACAGCUUUAGUCGAAUAUGUGAAAGCAAUGCGACUAUCCUUGCAGGAAAUCAACAGUCACUCAUAUAACAAUUUUAUGUUGCGUGUUGGUAUUAAUAUUGGUCCUGUGGUGGCUGGUGUGAUUGGUGCACGUAAGCCACAAUACGACAUUUGGGGUAAUACCGUAAAUGUUGCCAGCCGCAUGGACUCUACAGGCAUACCUGGUUACACACAAGUGACACAGGAGGUCGUGGACAGCCUGCAGGGCUCACACUUCGAGUUUCGCUGUCGCGGCACCAUCAAGGUCAAAGGCAAAGGCGAUAUGGUCACAUAUUUUCUAUGCGACUCUUCGAAUAAUGGCCUCAAUGGCGAGGUGCGCAACGCUAUGAUCGCCAAUCGUGCCAUCACACAAAAUGGCAACGGCUAUGCGUCACAACAGCAGCAACAACAACAGCAACAGACACAAUCGAAUGGCUUGCAUGCCCACGCUGCGGAAUAUUAUCAGAAGCAAUCGCAGCUGCAAGAUAACAGCUAUCAGCUCAACAUGAACAGUGAGACCUACAACAUUAAGAAAGAUAACUACGGUUACAACAACAUGGACACAAGCCAAAUGCUGUUGAAAACUUCACCAAAUGCAGUGCAGGAAGAGCAACAACAAUUGCUUUUACAUCAGCAGCAAGCUAUGCCACAACAAUACCAGCAUCAUUUGGCGCAGCAGCAACAACAGCGCUUGAAUAGUAAAUUGCAAAAGCAACCGAAUUUUAUUGCCAACGGUGGCCUCCCGAAUAUACGAGAAAAUGGUCACAAUGGCGAACAUAAUGGCAGUAAUGGCGGUAGCAAUGGUGUUGGUGGUUAUGCCUACAAUGGCUACCAUCCAGCCCAGCAACAAACACAGCAGCAAUACAACAACGGCGGCUAUGUACAUCAUCAGCGAUCACAUUCCUCCAGUUCGAUGGGUGGCGGCGGUGGUGGCAUUGGUGUUAUGGGUGUGAUUACAAUGGCAGCGUCUUCUUCCCCCGCCCUACCCACACAACAACAACAACAAAUACCAGUACCAGUUCCAGUACCAGCACAAGCCACACCCUCCAUGGUAAUUUUACGCGAACAAUUUAAUAUAAUUGAAAAUCCCGGUGGUAAUCGGCUUGAGUACAUUAAUCAUGACCCCUACGCCCAGGUGGAAAGCUAUAACAAUUUAUUUGGUAACGGUAAUGGUGGUGGUGUUGUAAGCGCUGGUGGUAGGCGUGAACCGCAUGCUGCACGCAAUUACCAUCUAAUGCAUCACAACAAACAGCAUUCGUCGUCAUAUAGCACGAAUAGUAAUUGUUUGAAUUAUAAUAAUUGCCGUGAAAGUGAACCAUUGUUGCAUGCCGCACCAGUUGCCAAGAUAAUGCCAAUGCAACAACAGCAUCCCCAAGCAUAUCCACCUAAAUACGAACCUCCACGUUACACAUGUCCUAAUACCAUAAUGCUACAACAGCAACAUCAACAACAUUUGCAACAACAACUUCAGCUGCAACAUCACCAUCAUCAGCAGCAACAACUACAUCAACAAUAUCCACUAUAUUCCCAACAUCCUCAACCGCCAUUACCAGUUCCACCACCCAAACCCACAAAUCUAAAUGCAUCCUCAUUAGCCACAGCCUCAGUGUCAGCCUCAGCAUCAGCCUCACUGAAACAGAAUACACCUCUCUUACGCACUACCUACAUGAAGCCGCUGCCGAAGUUGCCAACCGAGAUCGAAGAGAGCCGUGAGAUGUCUUCCACCGAUGAUCUCAGUUCACGCCCACAUUCACCAUCGAUGAGUUCCUCAGAUGAGAGUUAUUCAAAGACGACCGAAGGCGAGGGUGACGAGGACUCACCGCGUAUUACAGCCAAGGGCCAGCAUAAUCAUCACCAACGCAACGGUGCCAAUCCUUUGCAGUGGUUAUAUCCAUGCGACAUUCAAGUGGAUCCUACGUCGCCAGUAGUCGACAUGUCAAAUCUAAAAGACUUUGAAGUCAGCUCGACAACAGAGAGUCAAGGUCAACAGACGAAUACCACACACAACAAAGGUGAUUCCUGCAAUAGUUUUGAGUACCAAGACCGCGUUUUGCUUGCCGUAGGUAAAAAGCAAGCCAGUAACGGCGGCAGUGGUAGCAACGGUGGUGGGGGCAAUGGUGGCGGCUCCACAUCAGCUAGCAACUCGGCGAAGUCGCCAUUCGAGAGGGAAUUGCAGAGACUUUUGAAUGAAUCAUCACGUGCGCGUGCACUUGCUGCCGCCACCUCUUCACCAGGCGGCAACAUCACAUCCGUUUCGAACUCCAACACCAAUCCCGAAGGCAAUACGACAAGCAACAGCAGUAGCCGCAAUAACAUUGAGUUGAGCUACUCGGCGAGUAACAGUAAAUUGAGCUCGAAUAACGGACUAGCAGCUGGUGGCAGCGGUAGUAAUGGCAACCUCAGCGGCAGCAACUCGAUGAGUGGCAACAACAACCAAAAGUCGUUAACCACGACGAUGCUGGAUGAUCUUACUUCGCCAACAACGGGUCGUCAGCCAUCGAAAAUACCGAUCAGCACGAGUUUUAUGAUUGCCAAACACCCGGUGGGCUUGGAGGCCAUAAAGGAAAUUACGCGAAAUAAGAAUCCAUCAGAAUCAAGCCAAAUGCAAACUUCCGAUACGGAAUCCUGUGAAAUAUUGCAUGAAAACUGCAAUCAGCUAAAUUUGAACAUACUUGACGCAGUCAACAACCAGUCAUCCACAUCAACAGGCACAAAUUAUCGGGAAACAAAUCAUAUGCAGCCACAGGCAAAGGAUCACAACCAUCGACAUCGCCAGCGUCCACGUUCUAAGGACCUCGAUCAGAGUCGGGAGAGUCUCGAUCAGUUGGCCGAUGUUGGCGAGCAGCAGCAACCUCAGCGUCAUGUGCGUCACCAUCAUCAUCACCACCACCAUCACCAUCAACGACCGCGUGCUAAUCAUACAGCGGCGCUGAAUAAUGACACUGAACUCGAUGAUACCGAAGAUAAUUUGGCUGACGAAGAAUUCGAAGAUGAUGAGGUGGGACGUGACGUACGGAAGAAACGUUUGGUUACAAUUUUAACGGACGAGCAACAUGUCAAUAAGAUUAGCAGCGGUGGUCUUAGCUCGUACGAAGAUGAGGAAGAUGAACACGAAGUUAACGCGUAUAACCAUAAAAACGACGAUAAUGCUGACUACGGAGAUGACGAUGAUGAAGAUCGGCAUGUCGAAAUGAAUGUGAUAAACGAUGAACUUAAGUACGGUGCGGGACAUCAUAAUCACCAGUCGAUGGACUCGAAUCCUUUGGAAAGUCAAUCAGAGUGGUCAGAUGAUGAUUGCCGCGAAGAGGCUACCGGUGGCGCCGAGUCAACGGGCUACAUAACCGAUGAACCGGGCUUGGAAAAUAUAUCAUUGCUUAACGAAGCCGGUCUCACAGACGCCGAAGGCGCCCUAUCCGAUGUCAAUUCACUUUACAAUGCACCCGAUGUGGACGAUACAUCGGUAUCGAGUCGUGCCAGUUCACGACUACUCAGUUUGGAUUCGCUGAGUGGUCUGUACGAUUGCGAUUUGGAUUCAAAACAUGAAAUGGCGAUUGUAAAUGUUUCGCACAAAAUCACUAAUAAAUUUGGACCACAGCAACAAAGUUAAUUACAACACGUAAAGCUGCUAGUGUAAAAAGAAUCCUAAGGUGAAAGAAGCAACUAACUGCAAUUACAAAUACUUACAUAUGUGCACAAGUAUUUAGUACUCAAGCACAUGAUAUAGUGAUAAGAAUGGUGUAAAUUAUUUUUCGGUGAAUAUACUGUAGCCCUUUCCCGUGAUCUAACUAUUUAUGUAUGAAUCAAGCUACAUUAAUAAGUAGUGGAAAGUUUUAGAAAUUUACACGAGAAAUUUAGAAGAAGAAAUACGUUUAAAAAGUUACUGAAAUCGAGUGUAGUAACGAAAAAUAAAAUGGCGGGAAAAUUGGUGCCUCCGAGACAGUUAAUAGAUAAGCGAAAAAAGUGCAAGUAAAGUGCGAGAAGAAGUCAUAGUACUAGUAUGUGUAGAAAUGAUAGCACAACAAAUAAAUACAUAAUGUUGAAUUUAGAAACUAGCAGUAGGUGCUAAAGAAGAAUACUUAUCAACAUAGAACUUAUGUAGUAUGCAGAGUUGCCAGAACUCAACGUUUACCAACAAAUCUGUAAUAAGUUUAUAUUAAGUAAAAUCUGCAUGUAUAUUUAUUUAGAUAUAAGAAUUCAUGUGUAUAAAAAACAUUGUACAUACAUAUAGAAGCAUUUGUCAGAGAAUGCUUUAAAUGACUUUAAACAAGAAAGAAAAUUAGUACUAAAUAAACGUAGGCACUUGCAUAACUGUUUGCAAAGAAGUAUUGUAACCAAGUAACUAGAUAGGUUCGAGUAUAUGUAACUUUGAUUGAGUCAGUGGUAAUAUAAAUAUGUACACGCUCUCAAGUCCUUUUAGGAUAUACAACCAAAAUUGAGGCAAACUAAUUGACAAACAAGUAUACAUGCACAUGUAUACGUAAUUAGAAUUAUUAUCAUAAAAAUUAUACAGUUAUGAUAAUAUAUGUACUUAUGUGUAUAUACAUACAUAGAUGUCUAUGUUAAAAAUAUGGUAAUUAUAGAAUUAUAAUUUGCGCAGUCAAACCCUUGAGUGCUCUACAAUUACUCAAAGAAAAAUGUAAUGCUGAUAUACAUAGGUACAAAGAUACUUAAACUAUGAUUAUGUAUACAUACUUAAAUUAGCUGUACUAAAACUUACUUGCAUUGAGUACAUACAUAUAUGUAUAAAUACAUACAUACAGACUUAUGCGACACUGCAGCGGCACUACGCGAGAUUUUUGACGCUGUUUUUUUAACUUUUUUCAAAGAUUGGUUUAAGGAAAACUUGAAUAACGUAGCCAAAACUACACCUAUUUAUACUUAUGAGGUAUCAUUGGAAAGGUAUUUUCUUACACUUCUUUGCAAAUAAACUCAUUUAAAGUGUUCAAGAGUAAGAUAAGAUGAGCGUCGUUCCAAGUUGAACUAAGAGCUGUUGAUAUUUGCAAAA